UAACCGUACACACAAGGCGAGCUCUAUAGCCAGGAGCCCAGGACGCCGGACCGGGACCGCCGCCGCGAACCGCCGUCCGACUCGCUCCGCACCUCCGGUCCUCCAAACCGGCGCUCCUACCCUCGCUGCAAUGGAGUCGAGGAAGCCGGCGCCCUCUCCUCUCGUCGACAACUACGUGGUACCCGGUGACGUCGUCCUGGACCUCUCCGAGAUGAACAACCAGACCAUUAAGCUCGGCGCAGGCCUGCGUCAGGAGUGUGACACCAUCCAGGCUACCAGUGCUGGGAAGCUGCGGCUGUUGAAACCCAACAAGUAUUGGAUUGAGAACUCCCAGAAGAGGUAUAUACCUUCUGUAGAAGAUACAGUUCUUGGUAUUGUGGUUGACACCAAACCAGAUAACUUUUUGGUAGACAUAAAGGGUCCUAAUUUGGCCUUUCUACCGGUGCUUGCAUUUGAAGGUGGCACAAGGAGAAACAUACCAAAGUUUGAGAUUGGUACGUUAAUAUAUGCUCGAGUGGUGAAAGCAAAUAGUAUCAUGAAUCCCGAGCUCUCAUGCAUGGAUGCUUCUGGGAAAGCUGCUGAAUUUGGUCAGCUGAAAGAUGGUUAUAUGUUUGACACAUCAACUGGCAUGUCACGAAUGUUGUUAAGUUCGCCAACAUGUCCAGUUCUGGAGGCCCUUGGGAAAAAACUGUCAUUUGAGAUUGCUGUUGGACUCAAUGGUCGAGUCUGGGUGAAUGCUCCUGCAGCAAGUACUGUCAUUCUUGUAUCAAAUGCAAUUAUGAGGUCAGAAUCUUUGAGUGGCAUAAAACAAAGAGCUAUGGUAGAAAAUCUCUUGGAGAGAUUGUCAUGAUGGCAAUGUGUGCUUAUGCCAUCAAUGUAUUAUGGAGAAUUGCUUUUUAGAUGCCACAGCCGAUUCUGGGAACAGGAAAAAUGGUAAUCCCUAUCAUUCCAACAGGGCAUGCUAAAUGGAUCAAGGAUGUUGCACAUAAAUUAGAUAUGACAAAAAGAGGCUUGUGUUCUUCGAUGUUGUAGACUGAAAUGAUAUAUUGGCUAGUUUUGUAAUGAAAUUUCUGCAAAUGGUCCAUUGUUUGUUGCCUAUGUGAUGAAGGCUUUGUAAGUCAGAUAUCGGCACAAGGUUCCUUGCCGAUCUUGUUGAAAAAAAGCCUCAUGAUGACUCAGUUUCAACAUUUUUCAUAUUCGUUGCAUUCAGAAAUCCACCUUUUUGGUGA